AACCAUUUGCAUUUUCAAAUUCAACUCGUUUCACAUUUGGUGCUUAUUAUCUUGUUUUUUUCUAUUGGAAGGCUAACAUGGCAGACUAUUUGAACUUCAAAUCAGUGCCACUAGAUGCCAAUGGCAAACACACCAUUAUCAUUGUGGGGGCCGGCAUCAUAGGUGUUUGUACCGCCUAUUUUGUCGUGACCCAUCCCAAGUACAAUCCUGACAAAUACAGAGUUGUUAUCAUCGAAAGCAAGCGGGUGGCCGGUGGCGCCAGCGGUAAGGCCGGGGGCCUAUUGGCACUCUGGGCAUUCCCCCAGCAGAUAGUACCCUUGAGCUUUGGCUUACACCAACAAUUAUCUGAUAUGUACGGCGGUGAUACCGAAUGGGGGUAUCGCCGUUUGACGACCGUGAGCUUGGAAGGCGACUUAACCAACAUCAGCGAAGCUGAUGAUGACGAUGACGACGAAGAUGACGACAACCCGGGGUCUAAAAAACCGUCCACCUCAUCGGCCCAAAUGGAGCUGAGCUCUUCCAACGAAGAACCACCCAAGAAGUUCAGUCGAAGAAGUGACAGCUCCAAGAAAUCGGUCAAGACCGGUAGCAAGUUGCCCAAGACAUUGAACUGGAUCAACUCGGACGUG